CCGGUGUGUCAGAGGGCAGAGCGAGCUCAGCGGCUCACAGCGCUGCAGACGAGAGCCGUUCAUGUGAGCGCAGCUCGGGCACACCUGGUCGGAUCGUAGACAGCAGCUCAGCGACCCAGACAGCUUCACUCAGCAGCUCCCGAGUUAAUCACUUGAGGAAUGUGGUGCAAUUAGGACGGUGGCCCAGAGCUGAAAAUUCAUAUCAACUUCAACUUUAAGUUACUUUUCACCAACUUUGAACUUAUCAAAAAGGGAUCAUGGCUACAGGCGGAUUUAAGUCAAACGCCCCGACAGACUUUUUGGAGGAGUGGAAGGCAAAACGGGAGAAAAUGAGAGCCAAAAUGCUGGGGGACAUUGCCGCAGCUACCGGUAAUCCCUUAGGUGCCAACAACACAAACAGCGGCAGCAGCCGCCAGGGCGCUCCUCCGGCCACCGAGCUCACCAACAACGGCAACCCGGACCGAAGUGCCUCCGCUGGGAACUGCCACCCCUCUUCCUACUCUGUGGCUCGGUCCUCCUCUGGCACAGCUCUAAAGAGACCCGAGGAGGAAAUGCACCACCCCGUGGCACCCUCGGCCACCCCGGGGAGCAACCUGAAGAAGGCCCCGCCUCAGCCGGAGAAGACUCAGUGCGCUUCCCCCCAGGACUCCACUCCCAUGGCUUGCAAUGACAGUGACAAGGAGAGCCCGUCGCCCAGCAGCAAGGGCAAGGAAAAGAAGAGCACUGGUCCCAGCGCCAGAAAGGGGAAAGGACAGAUCGAGAAGAGGAAGUUAAGGGAAAAGAGGAGAUCAACAGGUGUUGUGAGCAUACCGUCCAAUGAGAGCCUGGAUGAGCUGGAUGAUGAUGAUGCUGGAGAGAAGGACAGGAGGGAGGAGGAGGAGCUGGUUCAGGCCAACACUUUUCAGAAUGAGGCCAUGACAGCUGACCCUGCCACUGGCUACUUACUGGAGACUCCGAGAUCUGGAAGUGGCCGCCACAAGAGCUCUGCACAGCAGGGGUCAGAGGAGGAGAUGGGCGGGAACAGCCGACAGAGACACAACCAUCACGGCCGAGAUGGAGGAGCUUCAGCCCCUGGAAGUCUGGAGAAAAGGAUAGAUGAGCUGGAGAAGGAGCUGGCCAGAGAGCGUCAGGAGAACGCCAGGUUGCUGAGAGCCUACCAGGACCAAGAUGAUCUCAUUGAGAAGCUGAAGGAGGAAAUCGACUUGCUGAACAGAGACAUGGAUGACAUCGAAGAUGAGAAUGAGCAGCUCAAACAAGAGAACAAGACUCUGCUGAAAGUGGUAGGCCAGCUGACAAGGUAGAACCAGAUCCGACUCAACAACCCAACAACUCUAUCGUCUCUCGUCUCCGAACCAGCCACCUGCUCUGGGUCAAGUCCAGCAGCAUCACCUUUUAUCUGUUUGAAUCUGUGUUUUUUGUCUGUUAGAGGUGAGACUGUAAAUCAGCUAUCAUCAGAGGCACACAGCCUUAAGAUGCAUCUCCCCUACCCGAAGAGGAUUUGUUCCAAUUGUGGUGGGGAUUUUCAGUCAUCCUAUAUAUUUUCUAUGUAAAUGUGUUGUAUAUAGGCCAUUUAGAUUGUUCAUUUUUUGAUUUCUGAUAGGGUCUUUAGAAAAAAAAAAUCAAAAAAGCAAAAAAUACAAUGAAUGUAUGUGCUACAAAAACAACUGCACACAAAGUAUUUUCAAACUUUGGAGGCUAAAAUCUCAGUUUAGACAUUUCCAUAACCUGCUCCAGUCACCCAGGUAAACUGAAAAAGAUCUCCAUUGUUGCGAUGUUUGAAUGAUCUGAUGCCAGUGCAGUGCUGCUGUUUAGGACCAAAUCCAAUGCAAUUACUGCUACAGUAUCAGCAGCCAAAGUGGGCAUAGUGCAUUGGAAUGCAUGUGAGAUUUUUUUUUUCUUUUACAUAAGUUUUUUGGUUUGUUUUAAAUGAGUAAAGCCUGGUGCUUUAUUAAUGAACGCUGGUGCCAGAUUUACUUCGUUCCACUAACUUGUUGGUACAUCUGGGGCAUCUACAAAUCUGAAAAUAAAAAAGAUAUUUACAUUUUAAAUAUAUCCAUUUAAGCAAUGAGUUGAAAAAAAAAUGCCAUUAAUAUGCUUUAUGCAUUUCAAUGUUGACAUCCUGAGUGUUAUACCUGACACUGAUGAAAUGUCUUUGGGUGAAAUCCUUAUCUAUUAUAUAUAUGGAUGGAUUCUUAAAAAGUACUUUGUUCUUGUUUACAAGUUCAGUCUUUGUAAUAUUUAAUAGAUGUUUAGUAUGGAGCCACUUCUGGACCUUUAAUAUGCAGUUGAAGCAGAAUUGAUUGGCAGUUUAAAAAGCAUGAUAUUAAAACUCAAGACACUGUGCUCAAAAAUGUUUUCUUGCAAUUAAAAUAUCUGUGAUUAAAAUGUGAAUCCAAGGUUUUUAGAAAUCCAAACUUUAUGUGUAUGAAUUCAAUAGUUUUGCUUCCUGUCAAGAUGACCUUCAUAUAAAAGUGGCUAGUUUUAUAGCAAGAGUCUUACGUUUGACCUGCUGCAUGUAGCUAGCUGUUGUGUAAUGAUCCAUAAUGUAAUGGGCUGAAUUAGCAGCAAAUGAUUCUGAACACAGACUGAAGUAUUUAAGUUGUGACUAAAUGUACUUGCAUUGAUUUUCUGUUUUCAGAACACAGAAAAUUAUUGCUCUCUUUUUUCUUCCUGGCAACUAAUUUACUGAGAGCAGAAAAAUAAAAUCAGAAUAAUCAACUACUUGUAAAAUAAAAAAAAAAAUGUAAGCACACUCUUAAAAUUAUUCUGAGAGCUAUUUGAAACAUUUUAUGAUAUUCUUCAAUAAUCAAACUGUAUUUUAAAUGUUGCUAAAAUGUGUGGCACUUCACAGCUUGACUUCAACAUGUCAGAUCAGUUAGUUGAGUGUGGCUAAUGCUAGCAAUAGCAGUCUUUCUGGAUGCUAGCAGAAUGUCACAGUCUCCAGUAGUUUACUUGAAAGAUGGUAACUUAUACGCAAACAUUCGCUAGCUACUCGCAAAGCAGUUGUGAAACAGUGAUGAGUGCAAGACAAACAGAAAUGGUGACCAUUUACCUUCAAAGUAUAAGUUGCACCAUUUGAAACAUGUUGGUUUCAGCGGUAAGGAACAACUUUUACUUUGAAGGUGAACAUUGUAGUUUGUCGCACUUUUUCAGUUUUACUACCAUUUGGUGGUUAGUUAGCAGAUGUUUGAAGACAAGUUGGCAUCUUCCAUACAAACUACAAGUGAUCGCAGCAAUCUGCUUUGAAACCAACACAAUCACAAGUUGGUUUUUGGUGCAGCACCCUUUUAGCAACUGAUUUCACACAGCGACAGCCAGCAACCUCAAGCAACCACUUGCCAACCAGUUGGCCACUAUUUUUUCCCUAGCAGCAAGAGGUUGCCAGAGGGUCACCAACCAGUCUCUAGGCCUGUGUGAGUGAGCCCUUAAUCAUCUACUCAGUUAAUAGUCACGUCCCUACUUUUUACUAACUGGAUGUUGCCAAGCUGUCACUCCAUUUGAAAAAAAAUGAAGCGGUAUCUUACAUUUUUCCAUGUAGAUUCAGCUCAACUGCAAGGAAAACUUUUGCUUUCAUAAACAAUACUUUUGGAUUAACAUUUUAAAUGGCAAAUUAUACUUGCACUGAAAAUAUUUUAGGUGCUGUGUCUUAAGUUUUACUCUAAACUCAGUUUUUUGAUAGUAAACCUGCUGUUUGAUGACACAAAAGUAACUCCAUAUUUUACUUACCUGUUUAUGCCUUCUAAAAUGCAUGGAGCGAGUUACAGUGCAUUUUUUUUUGUAUGAUAACCAAAUGAACUGAAGGAGCAUACUAUUUGAAAUGCAUCUCUUUUGUUUACUCAAGGGAACAGGCUUUGAUGGUAGCAGCAUUUUACUUUCUUACUUUAUUUAGCUACUGCUCUCCCAGUGAGGAGGUGCUCAGUGAUCUCAUGCGCUGUGGCAAAUGAUCUUUAGGUUCACUGCUUCCACAUACAUUCAUAUGUUUUGGGGUAAAGAUCAUCCCCACAUAGACACAGACACCACAGACCCAUCUCUCUUUCCAUUACAUUAUGCAUGUACAGAAGAUUAAGUCAUUUAAUAAAAGUUUGAUUAUCUCUCUC